GUGAAGCUAAAAGGCAAAAAGAAAGCGACGUGAAGGAAUCUAGAUGUUGUGGGGAACUUUUUUCGGUUAGUGUAACGCAGAGAUUGGGUGUUUCCGGUUUCCAUGUUUACCAUCGGGGACGUAAAGACGCAGGAAGGAGCGCGAGGCAGUCCUGACAUUAGCUUAGCCAAGACGAAAGGCUAGGCUAGUUCAGUAGGGGUUUAAUAACGUGUCGCAAGGAAGUUAAAAAGGAAAAAAAACACCAGCCAGUGGGUGAUUAUAACGCAGUAAAAGCCUUUCCGUGAGAGAGACAGAGAGCGCACGCGCGUGCGUACAGGCAUUACACAGAGGCUCGCGCCUCCAGUUGAGAGUCAUGCAAGUUGGACAAAAUGCCAAGUUUGCUUUCAGAGCCGCCGCUCAGUGCGGCUUUAUUCAACCCUGACGCUUUUUAAUGAGCUCUAGUCCUCGUCUGAUGGUCGCUAAACACACAACUAGCUUGUGAUCUUCGGGCUUUUUCGGUUUGUAAUUCCUCGACAACUGAUUAAAUACAGGAAGGUGUGUUUUUAUUCCUGGAAAGGACCGGAAGGAAGGAAGGAAGGAUGGCUGCCACUUUAUCAGCAGAAGAAGAGCAGGCCACGAAGCAGUUCCUGGAGGAGAUCAAUAAGUGGACAAGUCAGCAUGGCGUCUCUCCCCUGACCUGGGAUGUGGCCGUGAAGUUCCUCAUGGCACGAAAGUUUGAUGUCCUUCGGGCCGUAGAACUCUUCCACAGCUACAGGGAGACGCGUCUGAGAGAGGGCAUUGUCAAGCUCCAGCCUCAUGAAGAGCCGCUGCGCUCUGAGCUCCUGAGUGGCAAGUUCACUAUCUUGGGAGUAAGAGACCCCUCAGGUGCCUCCAUUGCUCUGUACACUGCUAAGCUGCACCACCCGAAUAAAACAGGCAACCACGUGGUGCUCCAGGCUCUGUUCUACCUGCUGGAUCGAGCUGUCGAGAGUUUCGAAACACAGAGGAACGGCCUCGUCUUCAUCUACGACAUGGCCGGAUCCAACUACACCAACUUCGAGCUGGACCUGAGCAAGAAGAUCCUGAACCUGCUCAAGGGUGCGUUUCCUGCUCGGCUGAAGAAAGUAUUCAUAGUCGGCGCUCCCGUCUGGUUCCGAGUGCCCUACAACCUGCUGAGCCUGCUGCUCAAGGAGAAGCUUAGAGAACGGGUCCAGAUAGUGAAGAUGACGGAUCUACGGCAGCACCUUCCCAGAACCUGUCUGCCCGAGCACCUGGGUGGCUGCUUGCCUCUAGACGUCCAUGGCUGGAACCAACAGCUGCUGGCCGAGCAAAACGGCCGCGUGGAUCCUGUUGAUGAGCUACUGGGCAUCCCGCUGGCAUCCUCAGCAAUACACACACCAGGUCCAGACGCUAUGCGACUCUCCGAUUUCACAACUCACCUGGCUCGGGCACAGCGAAGUGGAAUUUACCAAGAGUACGAAGAGCUUCGUAAAGAACCGCCAUCUGGAACCUUCCACUGUGCCCUGGUUGCCUAUAACCAGGAGAAGAAUCGUUACGGUGAUGUCCUGUGUCUUGAUCAAACCCGUGUACGUUUGAAAGCUAGGAGGAAUGAGAGAUCAGACUACAUCAAUGCCAGCUUUAUGGACGGCUACAAGCAGAGGAAUGCAUACAUCGGAACUCAAGGGCCGCUGGAGAAAACCUAUGACGAUUUUUGGAGAAUGGUGUGGGAGCAAAAUGUGCUAGUCAUCGUCAUGACAACAAGGACAGACGAGGGUGGCAGGAAGAAGUGUGGACAGUACUGGCCUCAACAGGAAGGAGGACAGGAAGUUUACGGACACAUAGCUGUGGUCAACCAGAGAGUGGACAACCAUUCCCAUUACAAUCAGACCAUUCUAGAGCUGCAUAAUACAGAGACGUGUGAGCAGAGGCAGGUGAGCCACUUCCAGUUCCUGAGCUGGCCCGACUACGGCGUUCCCUCCUCGGCGUUCUCUCUUCUCGACUUCCUGAACACAGUGAAGAGACAGCAGAAGAGGGCAGUGAAGACUCUGGGCUCACAGUGGAGAGGUCAUCCCCUGGGUCCACCGAUGGUUGUCCAUUGCAGCGCAGGCAUCGGCAGGACUGGUACAUUUUGUGCUUUGGACAUCUGUCUGUCCCAGCUGCAGGACGUGGGGACGCUGAACGUGUGCCAGACGGUGAGGCGCAUGAGAAUGCAGCGCGCCUUCAGCAUCCAGACACCUGAACAGUAUUAUUUCUGCCACACUGCCAUCCUUGAGCAUGCCCAGCGUAACGGACAGGCCACUUCUAAUCAGUGCGAGACAGAACCUGUCAGUGGCUCGGUUGGUUAUAGGAAUUUUUAAACCAUUUGCCACGGGGAUACCCCCCCGAAUGUCUCCGACAUUCACUCCAAGCACAGUAUUUUUUUUGACUCUUGUAAAAUUGCUGAUGUGUAAAAAGUGCCACCGUCAUAGCAAUCAUAGCCAAUGCUGUUUUGUCAAGAGGCCUAAAUCUCUGCUGGAUCCAGCUGAGGACUCAGUAAGUUCAUGUGUCUUGUAGCUAAUUGGUAACGCUGUAUGAAUCCAAGGUGUUUCGCAAUGUGGUUGAAUGUUAAGUUCUUAAGAACUAGUAAGCUGACUGUUCAUCAAGUUGAGCUCUCAAAACAAACAAUGUCAAAAAAAUAAGCAUUUUUUUUAACCCCUUAAGGUUUUAAGUUACACUCAGCAAACAAAAAAGGCUGCAAUUAUUAAUAAGAAAGCCGAACAGAAAACCUGCUCGAACAAAAGUGUGUGGACUCGAGAGUUUCAGUUCAUUUUUGAUUGCAGCUCGGUUAAGGGACCUGUGCUGAUUUAUUCUGUCAGAAAAUAUCAUCACUGAAUUAGUUCUGAUGCUUCAGACGUCCUCAUUAUUUUCGUCAUGACUACACAUUCACACUGGACGUAACGUAUUGGGCCUCUGACCUGUUCACAUUCCACAGGAUGAAGUCUCAACCUACAGUUACUGUAUUGUUACAAUAGUUGUAUGUAGCACUAUUCACAGAUGGACCAUGUCCCAUAAUUACCCAUGGUAAAUAUAUACGUUGUCUGGGUAUUGUUUUAGCUUUUAUAUUUAUAUCCUAAACUAGCUUCACUGUAAUUUCACGUUGUCCAAAGGAAACAAUGGGCCUCAUUUAUCAGGCUUUUAGUGAGGUUGUGUGUAAAUGUUUGAGAAAACCAAGCUAAAAGUUUUUUUUUUUUUUUUCCGGAUUUACAAACAUUUCAGAAAGGCUGAUUUUUAUUCGUACUCGCAUGUGUACGUUCCUGAACCCCAAUCGGCCAUAAAAUGAGCAGGCGCCUGCAUGGCACAGCUGAUUUGCAUUUACUGACGCCCACAAAAGUCCAUAAAAGGCAAAACUCGGUGUUGAAAUAAUGCACCAACGCCAAAAAAAAAAAAUUUUUUCAGAGAGGUAGAAGUGAAGGUUAUUUUGAGCCAUGUCUAUGCCAGAACCAAAUAUAUACAUCUUUCAACAGCACCUGAAAAAGACAACGUCAGGAAACCAAUAGAAUACGUGAAUCCAACAUGAAUUAAGUGAAGUAUAAAGAAAAUUGGAGUAUUUUAUUUGGGGAGUAACAUCGAAAAACAGGGUGGUAUAGAUGCAGAUGUCAAAGCAAGAAUAAAGAAAGCGAGGAUUGUGUUUUUAAAGCUCAAAAACCUCAGGAGCUCUCGUGUAUCACAACAACAAACAAAAUUGAGGAUAUUUAAUUCAAAUGUAAAAUCAGUAUUGCUUUAUGGUUCCGAGACUUGGAGAAUGACUGAUACAGAACAUAAUCAGUAAAGUACAGAUCUUCAUCAACAACUGCCUAAGAAAGAUCCUGAAGCUGCAUUGGCCAGAAAGGAUCAGUAACAGCAAUCUUUGGUUGAAAACACAGCAAAUAUCAGUGGAAGAAGAAAUUGGAAGAUGAUGAUGGAGGUGGAUCGGGUACACGUUACGAGAACCAGCGACAAACAUCACCAGACAAGCCUUGACUUGGAACUCUCAAGGGAAGAAGAGAAGAGGUCUCCAGACAAACAUCAGGAGGCUGGGGUACCCCAGGACUCCGUAAGAACGAAAAGCACAGGACCGGAUUCUCUGGAGAUCCCUUGUCAACGGCCUCUACCCCAGCAGGGGUGUCGGGCAUAGAAGAAGAAGAAAGAAAAUGGCUUGACAUGAAAAUGUCUGAAUCUAUCUACCUGGGUGAUUGUGAACAAUAAGCACGCCUUUUUUGUUCUGGUUUAAAUUCAAAGCGUUUCGUUGCCUGUUGGCCAGGAAUUCCGCACACACCAGUGCAUCCUCCAAUGCAUCCCAUGUUGGAAAGGCAAGAAGGCAUAGGAAGCCUGAUAUGGUACACAGCACAGUAGGGAGUAGCGGGCAGCUUGAGACAUACCAGAUCGGUCACUUAGUGCUGGCUUUAUGGAAGUUCAAGAGCUUCAAGAUUCUUCAUUACCAUGUGAAACAAGUCCAAUGGAAUGCUUUCUCCCUACGCACUCCCACAAUAUCACUUGGAAACAUGAAUCCAAAAAGCGAAGUACAUUAUUAUACUUUUACUGUAUUUUAAGGGAUUGAGAAGAAUUAUGUUGCGAAGAUGGUUAUAAUACUCGGGUGGGUGGUGCAAAAUGUAAAGUAACCAAAUGCAGUACAGUAAUGAUCAGAGCACAGUAAAUGGUGAAGAACUGAAGAUUGGUCUGGGGUUUUUUUUUUUGAAGGUCUUGGUCUCGUCUUGGAAUCGACCGCGUUUUUACUCUGUCUUGUCUCAGUCUCGGACAAGGAGGACUCUGGAUUUUAUUUCAAGAUAAUAACGGUGUAGAUCUCACUAUGCACUGUCUGAUUUCUUGGUUAAUAUCAUUGCUGUGAUUGAAUAUCAAACUCCUUGCUUCAAAGGCAACCAGUAACCUGUCUCCUCGCUAAUUUGAAGUUUUUGUAACGGUUAACGGCGGUCACCCACCCACCUUCACGCUCAAUGGUCUGGUCCUGCUCUUGACUCGUCUCACCCUGCCUUGGCCUUAUUUCAGUCUUGAUGCACUCUGGUCAUAGUCAUGACUUUGUCUUGAUUGAGAUGGUCUUGACUACCACACUAGUAAACGGUAACGACAAAAGAUGUGAUCUCAAAGCAACUGACGGCCAGACAGCGGGAGGGAGAACGGUUAUCGGCCAGGGUGAUUGUGGACCUGUAAGAUGGAGCUGGCAUUGUCCUGACUCCUCGUCCAAAGAUUUCCUUCAUGGAAGGAAGUGUUCACCUGAUGAUCUUUUCCACCAUCCUCACAACCCUCUGGCUAGCUUUCUUGUCCUGUGUAGUGUUGCAGAGCAUUAAACGAAAAUGCCUACUGUUUUGAAAUUGGCAGUCAUCCAGGUAAUUGAUGCAAUUUGAAGCCGAUCAGCCGAGUUUUACAAAAGUUCUUCAUCUUGUGCGUAAAUUUACACACACUCAGGAGUGAAAGGAUGCAGCUUGAUAAAUGAGACCCAAUGUUUUGGAUUUUUAUGAAAUGAAUUUUACUGAAAACCUCUUCUGGGGCUGUGAGAUUAUUUUAACAUGCUAUGAAUCUGUUCAGGAAGCAAAUCCAUUCAUGUUCUAUUCCUCUGCUACAUUUCAAAACGGUGCUUCUGAUUUACCUUUCUUGCUUAUGAUUUAGCAAAUGUUCAAUCAUUCCACUUGUCACAUUUAAAAUAUAUACAAUAUACACACACUUACUAUGCAUUCAGUGAGCUUCAACACAUUACUAGACCAUGAUGCUUUGUUUUGGCUCAGGUUCUGGAUUUGCAAUGACCAAUGCUGUGAUGAUUAUAGAACUAAACCAUUCUAGAGCCGGCUGUCAGCUAGAUUUCACUGAACAACAUGAACAGUUUAGAUUUGUAUUAAACAUCAUUUCACCAUUACUGCUAAA